GUUAAAAUCAACGAAAAAGAGGCAUCGUUUAAGUGCAUAUGUAGGCCGUUGAUUUCGCAGAGGGUAAUGGUUGGAUGAGAGCAGCUGUCGACCAAUUUCUCAGCUUGUGCAACUUAGCUGCGAGGCCGUUCUCUGGUCGACGUGUUUUUUUUCGUAACCUUUUCGCGGGAGGCGGAAUUGCGUACCCACCACCUUUGCCUACGCCCCAACCCCCUUCACAGGCUGAGGCUUAUCGACGAUGGUCCUGUCCGAGACGGGCCCGCCGCAGCUGUCGGCGGCCGCUGCGGACGGAGCAGAGCACGAGCAGGGGGUGCCGGCCUCGGCCCCGGCCCCAGGCGCCGACGAACCGCGGAAAGCAGGCGGCGGAAGGGCUGCAGAGAGAGGAAACCCGCUCGAUGCCGACUUCGCAGCGUUCGCGCGCGCCGCGCUCGACCGCUGGCAUGUCCCCGGCGUCGCGGUUGCCGUCCUCGACGGGGACCAGAUAUGGGCUGAGGUUAGCCACCCACCUUACCUACCAACCUAUCUGCCCACCCUUUUUUUUCUUUCCUACCUAUAGAAGGAUCCUACC